AUGGCAUCUGUGCCUGUUGAUAAUGAAGCUUAUGUGCGGGUGCACGCUCUCAGGGCUGGCCACUUCACUCUGCCAGAACAUCUUUUUGUGCACCCUUCGUCAGACACCGCCAGACAAACAGUACCUUCGUUAUCCUUUCUGAUAGAGCAUGUCAGUCUGGAGUCAAAGAAAACCACCCGAAUUGUCUUCGACCUCGGUCUCCGUCAUCCAUCCACUAAUUACCCAACUCCAAUCCAAGCUCACUUGGCGACACGACGUCCUAUGAGUACUGAGCCCAAUGUUGUACAGAGUCUAGCAGCUGGUGGACUAUCAACAGAGGAUGUUGACUACGUUGUAUACUCACAUGUUCACUGGGACCACAUCGGGGACCCCAAAGCGUUUGACAAGAGCACCUUCGUUGUUGGUCCUGGCACACUGGCUCUACUGAAUGACAAUUCUGCUUUUCGCGGGAGUCAUUCUUUCUUCGAGCCCGAUCUCCUGCCUCUAUCGCGAACUAUCGAGCUCCCUCCAACAACGGAAGCCAAGGAGAGUAGUUCUUCCAUUGAACUACCUGACCCAAACGCAGUGACACCAAUGUUCACGCUGCCAUGGGCACCGCAUGGCUCUCUCCCUCGAGUGAUGGAUAUCUUCCAAGACGGAAGCGUGAUGCUGGUCGAUGCGCCCGGUCAUCUCCCUGGGCAUAUCAAUCUUCUCGCUCGCACAGGUCCGAGCAAGUAUAAUUAUCUGGCCGGAGAUGCAUGUCAUGAUCGACGUAUCUUGAGUGGAGAAAGGACAAUUGGAGAAUGGAGUGAUGAACAUGGUCACAUCUGUUGUGUCCAUGCGGAUAAAAGACAGGCUGAGCGGACGAUUGCGAUGAUUCAGCAGCUUGAGACCGAUGGAGUUGAAGUUAUACUUGCUCAUGAUUAUAAAUGGGAAGAGAAGGCAGAGAAUCAAGAGGUCGUAAUGGGACCUAGCGAAGUUGAUAGAGUUGAUAGUUUGGGAUUUUUGGAAUUGAAGAAACAGCCUGUGCAGCAUGUCGAACAUUAG